CCCCGCAGCCAAGACCCAACAUUCCCAGCACCGCCCACACCCCCACACCCCCAAACACUCCCCCCUUGACCCCGGGACGCCCCCGCCUCAUCUCCCAGCCCCUCCCAUUUAAUCCGAUCACGGGAAUCCUCACCGCUAAUCCCGGGAUCGCGGCGGGGGCAGCAGAGGCGCCCGGGGGGCUCCAUCCCCCUUCUCCCGCUGCUCCGCGCCCCGAUCCGUCACCUCCCCUCCUCCCCGAGCCUUCCUCCCCUCGCCAUGUCCGCGCUCUUCGCCGGGAAGGUGCUGAAGGCGAACCGGGAGGAGGACGAGCUGGACACGGAGCGGGAGCUGCGCGGGGCGCUGGACAACAAGGUGCUGCUGCUCUACUUCGGCUCGGGGCAGUGCCCGCGCUGCCGGGACUUCGCGCCCCUGCUCAAGGACUUCUUCCAGCGCCUCACCGACGAGUUCUACGUGGAGCGCUCCCGCCAGCUCGUCCUGGUCUACGUGUCCCGCGACGAGACGGAGGAGCAGCAGAGCGCGUUCCUGCGCUCCAUGCCCCGCCGCUGGCUCGCGCUGCCCUUCGGGGACACCUUCGGCAGGGAGCUGGAGCUGCGCUUCGCCGUGUCCGAGGUGCCGGCCGUGGUGGUGCUGAAGCCCAGCGGGGACGUGCUGGUGGCCAACGCCGUGGAGGAGAUCCAGAGGAUGGGCCCCCGGUGCUUCCAGAACUGGCAGGAGGCCGCCGAGAUCCUGGACCGGAAUUUCCGCCUGGCCGAGGAUUUCGACAGCCCCGCCCGGAGGAGCCUCACGCACCCCCUGCGCCGGCUCAAGUACAGGCUGGACAAGGACAGGGACGGGGAAGAGGGGGAGGAAGGAGGGGAGGAAGACCCCUAAGCAGCUCCAAGAGCUCGUGGGAUCAGUGGGAUGGCUCCCACAUCCAGCUCCUCCCACCUGGAAAAUCGCUGUAAUUGAGAUAUUCCGACCCGGAGUGGGAUGUGUUUCCUCAUGUCAUCCCAGAAUCCGGCGCCGGAAAAACCUUGCCGGGGUGUCUCAGGCAUUUAUUCGCCAGGAUUGGGAUUAAAAGUAACGUUUUUGUUGUCUGUUUACCAAAAAAGGGGAGGAGAAAAGU